AUGCUGAUCAUUAUGACAGGCAUUCAUCAUUUAAUCACUGCUCUCAACUUUAAACAUAGCCUCGACAGGGAUGAUGCACAGCCACCAAUUGAAAAAUCCAUAUUCGAUAUAAUUUCCAUUUAUCUGGAUCAAGGAAUUUUUCCGAACUCAAUUUCGUCAUCAUAUCGGGUUCUGAUAUCGUUUAUACUGUUGUCAGGAGUUGUACUAAGCAACUCAUAUGCUAGUGGGUUGGCAAGCGUGCUGACUGUUCCCAGAUAUGGAAAGCCUAUAGAAACAAUUCAUGACUUCGUUCAAACACCUUACCGAUGGGGAGCCCCAGCCAUUGCUUGGGUUCUAUCUCUGUUUGGAGCUGAUGCACGCGAUAUCCAAAUGGUAGUGGAAAAAUUCGACAUUGAUGAAGACGAUCAUCUUUACCGACGAGCAUUGGCAGGCGACUACGGACUUGGAGUGGAACUUCUCAAUGGUGGCAGCUAUGCUUUCGGAUCCUACAUUCGCGAGGACAACGUUCGGUCGUUUGAUAUUUUGAAAGAAGAGUUCUAUUUUACCUACACCAUCGGAUACUCUCAGAGAGGAUGGCCACUGAUGGAGUAUUUCAACAAGUUCAACCUUGAGGCAAUCCAAUUUGGAUUUGUGAUCCAAUGGGAGAAACGGACGAUGAGAAAGUACUUGAGCCAUCGUGUUCAGGAAGCGUUACAACAGAUUUCCUCCGGAAAUAACGAGGGUGAAGAGCUUGCCCCAUUGACCACGCAACAUAUUGUGGGAUCGAUGAUUAUUUUGGGCAUUGGAUUGUCGGCAGCGUUAGUGGUUUUCGUUUUGGAAUUAAUUUUAUUUGCUUUGAUAUCUCGUUAUGAGAGGCUGCAUGGGAAAAGUUCAAACACAAAAGUUACACGCAACACAAAAUCGGCCUUUCUGAUGGCCAAGUGGCUGUUCGGCGAAGCGGGCAAUAUGCAACUGAAACCGCCCGAGGCGGGAGGUGGUUGCUUCAAUGAUUCUGCCUGGGAAAUUCCGAGCCCCGUUCCAGUUGGCAGUACUAUUGACGAUCGAAGUCAGCUCGAGGAUGAAGAAUUGCUGGAUAUCAACCCGGCGGAGCUGGUCGAGUGCUGGUAUUCCGACGAUGAGCAAGAGGAGGAGGAGACAGAUACAAUUGGAGCAGGAGGAGGAGGAAAAAUGACUUGCAGCCAUAACUUGCAAGGCCAUCGGUUCAAGAAGCUGCAUCACAAGAAAACCAAAGGAAUAAAAGGACAAAUUCUGAAAGCCAUCUCCACUAUCGGCUGA